AUGCCAGUUUCGCCCAGCUUCUAUUCCGAUGGUGUUCCGCCGAAUAUUCUUGGGCUCGCUGAACAGGCUGCCCGAAAUACAGGUGGCGCAUAUCGGAACAGGGGUAGACAAAGCCGGC